AUGAAAAGAGUUGAUGGAAGAGAAAUGGAGAGAAGGCUCAGCUUUGUACUAAAGGGAAGAGAUUCCCGGUGGGACGGGUCGUGUCCGGUCGAGUGCUCGAGGGUUUUUGUGGUUGGGGGCCACAGGGCGGUUCUGUCUGGCACCGUGCUAUUUCUCGACGAAAAGAAACUCGAGGAGGAUGUCAUUUAUCUAAGCAAGGACGGAGCAAGGAUUGUUGCAACAAAGUGCAACGAGAUUGUUAUCCUGGACAUCUCCGAGUCUACCAUCAAAAGGGUGGAGACGAAGUCUCAGAUAAGAAGAGGAGAGGUGUGGAACGAGUAUUUAGGGAUAUUGCUCGAAGAUGGGCGGCUGGAGGUGUUUAAGGAUGGAAAGUACAUGCAUGAGGAGAAGGAUGUAAGGGACUUUCUCCUUCCAGACUCUCUUGUCACCCUGGAUGGGAAGUUCAUGAGCCACGAGAAUGUAAGGAGGAUUUUGAGAAGUGCCGAUGGGAGUGGGAUCAUAGUUGUGAGUGAUGAAAAACUAGUCCUCGGGGACAACGAGGUUGAGAACAUGCUCCACAGAGGAGACAUGGAGUACGAUAGGGGCAUCGCGCCAUGCUACUACCACUGCAACUUCCAUGGGGUGAAUCUGCUGGCAUCAAGCAACUCCUCUAGGUUUCUGCUUCUUGGAGGUGAUCUUCAUGAGUUGGAGCUGGACGAGGAGAUAAAGCUGCUGGGUCUGAGAACUGACGAGGAAUUCAACGUCAGGUAUCUAACUGGAAUGGACCAUUCUGGAAGAUAUGUGUAUCUUAUUGAUGAAGAUGGGGUUCUAAGCAAGUUUGAGGCCUGUGGAAUAGAAGGCGAAAGGGAAACGGAAGAGGACAUUGAGUUUACAGAGAAAAGGUACUCGAUUUCAAGGGAAGAAGGGCUGAUAAGUACUAACGGGGGGAAUGAGGGUCUACUUGCUGAGCCGAUGGGGAAAAAGAAAUCGCUUUCCUCUCUGGCUGGCCUACUAGAUUCUGUCGAGGAGGAUAAUGUCUCUAUGGAAGACAACAGGACCCAGGGCGAUGAAAAUGCUUCCUGCACGGAGUUGACUGGAGACGGCCGAGUGGAUGCACUGGUCGAAAGAAUUGCCUCGCAGAUAGAUGAAAUCACCAAGGACUUCGAGGGAAUCAAGGUCGAGAAGAAGGCUUUCCGUAUGUACAGAUACAAUGCAAACGAUCUGUCAUUGUCUGUCGAGCAGGCAUACAAGAACAUCAUGAGGCUUGAGAGAUACAGGUCGAUAGGGGACGAAAUGGCUGAACAGCUUUCUAUGAUGCUCAACAGCCUUGAGGUUUACGAAGGGAUUGAUGAGGAAAGCAUAAGAAAUGCAGUGAGAUAUGUUGACAGCGCAAUAGAGGGCAUUUCGAAGGGCCGAAGAAGAAGGGUUGUUCAUUACACAAAGCCACUGCUCUACGGGAUCGGCAAGGUAGGGGGUGUCGAUCUGGGACUGGACAGGAAAACCGUUGAAGUACAAAAGACACUAACAGACGCUGAUUGCAUAGAAAUGAAGAUGGACAAUGACACUCUGGACGAAGGCUUUACGCAUCACUUUAAUCUUAACCAGGCAUCUAUAGAGAGUGCACCUGAGGAAAAAGGGGAAAGGCCCCCAAGCAAGCAGGAGGAUGCUUCUCCGGAAAGAAUGGAGGAUGGAAAGGAGGGAUCCAAUGAAAUCCGCUCGAGCACAGGCGCUACCUCGCCUGUGGAAAGGACCUAUCCUUCCUUAAAUACACACCCUGUACGGCAGACUAACAUCUUUGGACAAACUGUAUCCAAAAACGAUCCUGUACAGUUUGGAGGCCUAUUCAGCAGCUCUUCUCCAUCCAACAUUUUUCAGUCGAUAACCAACAACCCCCCACAAGUUCCACAGGCUCUGGAAAAGAAAGAAGAGGACCCUAGUCAAUCGGUUCCAAAUGCAUUUUCGAGGUUUGCAAACAGCAGAAGCCUAUUCAAAUAA